AUGCUUCUAACGCAGAUCGGGCGAGGUCCUCGGCUGGCCGUCCUCUUUGCGCUGUCCUUCACGUUUGUCAUCCUGCUGCAACAGUCCAGCUACGCUCCGCUCCCUCAGUGGCAGCUGUCAAGCGAGCGACUUCACCAAGCAAGCCAAGAGCUGCUGCAUAAGUCUUCGCCAACAGAGUCACAACCUGGCGCGACCGCACCUUCCGAUCAGGAUGGAAACGAUGCCGUCAAACACUCGGGCCUGCCAUGCAAGUCACUUCCCGGUGGCGAAGACGUUUUGGUCGUGAUGCGAACAGGAGCGACCGAAAUCAAGGACAAAUUACCCGCUCAGCUAUACACCAACUUUGAAUGUUUCCGGCAUCACAUAAUCUUCUCCGACUAUGAAGAGGACUUUCUAGGAUUCCAGGUGCAUGAUGUGCUCAAGGACAUGCCGCAAGACAUCAAGGCCACCAACGAGGACUUCAAACACUACCUUCACAUCCAGCAUGUUGGCCGGACCGGACUGGAUCCGCAAGAACUUUCCGGCAAGGUCAGCGAGGAGAGUGGGCCUGUUGGAAAGAAUGACAAUGCAGGAUGGCGACUCGACAAAUGGAAGUUUCUGCCGAUGAUGAACCAGACGCUGAACCUGCACCCGCAUUUCAAGUGGUAUGUCUUCUUGGAGCCAGACACUUAUUUUGUGUGGUCGAAUUUUCUGCAGUGGAUUGCCCAGUUGGAUGCUUCGAAGCCGCUCUAUUACGGCAGCGAAGUCCAAAUCGGGGAGGAUCUGUUUGCCCAUGGUGGAUCAGCAUUUGUCAUUUCGAAGCCUGCCUUGGAGAAGGGUGUAGCGAUGUACAAUUCGAAGGUCGACGAGUGGCACGCUUGGACAGCUGGGCAUUGGGCCGGCGACUGCGUCCUUGGGAGAGUUCUGCACGAUGCCGGAGUCGACUUGAGUUGGGGAUGGCCCAUGUUCCAAGGUGGCGAGCCCGCUUUCGACGGUCGAUGGUUGGAAGCCAAACGAAGCAAGACAAUGUGGUGUGCCCCUGCACUCUCAUACCACCACAUGGUGCCCAGCCAGAUCUUGGACUACUGGCACUUUGAGCAGAAGUGGAUCAGGGAGCAUCCACCUAAGGGGGAUGAGCGAAGCACAUGGUGGCACAAGGACAACAGCAGACUCCUUCAUCAUGGAGAUACUUUUAAGUCCUAUGUUCUGCCGAACAUCACCGAAGAAAGGCACGACUGGGACAGCAAACCUGAGACCCAACACGAUGACACUGUGGGUAUCUCGAUGGAGGAUUGCAAAGCGAUAUGUCAGAAGAUCCCUACCUGUUUACACUAUGCUGUUGGUCCAUUUGGUUGUUCGACUGGCGUCGAGCUCAAGAUGGGUCGUGCUGCCGAGAAGACCUCUUCUGGCUGGAUGCUGGAUCGAGUGGCCGUGUGGCAGAAGGAGCUCGACAAGUGCAGCGGCAAAGAUGGCUGGAGUACUACUUAA